AGCCUCUUUCUCUUCCCUUGUCAUAACUCAUGAAUCUCCCGCCAUUGACUGAAACGAAGACUCACCGUCUCGCCAUUGCUGCUCAGACAGAGCGAAGCUUGCUUGAGCUCUGAGCUUUCCCGGAGAAGGAAGAGGGAGGGAGAAGAAGAUGGUCAUCAGGAGCCUCACCUUCAUCCCCGACGACCCCGACUUCCUCAACGUUCGCCCAGGCUCUCCUCAUCCCUUCUUCUCUCUGAUCUCGUCAGCCUCGUCUUCUCCCGAUGUGUGGAGCAACUGCAUCAGCGGUUUCGCCGCCGGAAUCGCCUCGGCCCACCGUCGGUGCCGGUCCACUCCCGAUCUUCAAGCUCUGGAGCCUGUCAGAGCUGAAGCAGGAGCAGCUGAUGAAGGCCGCGCGCAAUUACUUGAUCGAACUUCUGCGGGAUAUCCGACUUAUCUAGCGCCAACCCAGGUUUCAGAAGUUCGUUCACUUUUCGGCAGAGUUGGGGGAAUGGCAGUAGACCUUCUAGACGCAGUUACAUUAGGGCUGACCAAGAAAGGAAAUGAAAUGGACAUCUUAGCUUUCGAAGUGGCAAAUACUAUUGUAAGAGGUGCCAAUCUUAUGGAAUCCCUGUCGGAGGAAAGUAUCAGGCAUUUGAUGGAAGUCGUGCUUCCUUCAGACGGCGUGCAAUGCCUGGUAUCUGAAGAUAUGAAUGAACUUCUGAAUAUUGCUGCUAUGGACAAGAAGUGGGUAACCAGGAUUCUCUCGGAUCCGAAUUUGGUUACCUUCUCAACUGCCAGAGGUUCAGUCAAAAGUAGGACCCGAGACAUUGAUUCAGCAAUUGAUGAUCCUGGUUCAGCAUACUGCUUUUUAGAUCUCUUCCCUUCCACUUCCCUCCUGUCCAAACAAAGCCUAUUGCCGACCUUUGAUGCUUUGAGAGUUCGAAAGGAGUUAUAUUAUGAGUUGCAGGUGUUAGACAGGCUUAAGCAAGACUAUAUUCGGGCUGUCCAUGAUUUUGAUAGCUCAAGUCCUAAUCAAAGAGGAACCCGAGACAUUCUCUCAAUCUUGAGAGCAAACUUAAAGGUCCAGCUGAGGCGCGUUAGGAGUUUGAAGAAGAAAUCACUGUGGUCAAGAACUGAAGAAGAGGUGGUGGAGCAGCUUGUUGACCUUUGUUUUUACUUGCAUUCCAAGCUUCAUGAAGCCUUCGGCAUUGUUGGCAAUAGCCAUCUGACAAAUCAUAGAACGCUGGGCUCUGCUGGGUGGGAUUUACAUUAUGCGAACAUUAUCACUCAGAUCAGUGCUCUUGUUUCCCAGCCUAGAGCUGUCACUCCGAAUGUAAGAGAUGCCUUGUACCAGGGAUUGCCUCGCCAUGUUAAGUCUGCUUUACACCGAGAUCUGCUCAAAUUUAAUGUCCCAGAAGAGCUAAAUCUCUCAGAAAUCAUAGAAAUAAUGGAAGAAAAGUUGCAAUGGCUCGUUCCAAUGGCCACUAAGACCAUAAAAGCUCAUCACAGCUUUGGUUGGCUUGUGGAAUGGGCAAAUUUCGUGACCAAUCCAACCAGAGAACCUGAAGAUGUGAUCAGAAUUGAGACACUGCACCACGCAGAUAUCGAGAAAACCGAUCUCCAUAUACUAGAAUUGCUCUCAUGGCUUCAUCUUCUGGUGGGCCGUUCGAGAGCGCAGGAUGCUGGAGUUAGAUCUCCAACCCAGGAUGUGGUCCAGUUAUCUCUUCCUAGACCGGAUUCCAGCUCUGAGAUUGAAAAAACUCUGGGAACAAGCGGGAACCUGAAAUUUGGCAAUGCAAAAACUCUGGUGAUCAAAAGCCAUCAUAGGCAUGCCACUAGUAGUAGCAAUUCUGCAGUGACCGAGACGGAGAGCACAUUUUCACGUGAGAGGCCCUUGUAUCCUAAUAUCAACUUCAACAUGGACUGGACCAAAGUGUUGGAUGUUAUCGAUGGAGUGGACACAAUGUAAAACUCAAAAGUUGGUGUUUCUUCUCAACGUCUUCGAAACUUUGGUCAGAUUGAGAGUGGACACAAUUAAAACACAGAAGUUGCCUGUAUUGCUUUGGAUGUAUCGAAAGGGAAUAACGCGUUCGAGUAGAGCAUUUGGUGGUUAUUGCUCCAUUAAUGCAUGUAUAUCUUCUUCUUCUUCUUUUUGAUAAGAUGUAUGUAGAUCUUCGUGUACAUAACAAUAAUGGCUAGUCGUUCUACUAUGUAUAAAAUGAAUUUCAAUCUGUUUCAA